CGUGCUAGGAUUUUGAUGCUAACGUUAGCAGCAAACAACAUUGAAGCAACAGCUGGUUGCUUUUCUUGCCAAUCAAAAAGAAAACUGUCCGUUCCAUAUGACAAACACGAACAUCUGGGUAGAUAGCUAAGCCGGAGACACUUGAAAGGAAUCGCUUUUCUGUUUUACAGUUCCCUAUGAUCUAAAUCACAUUUGCUCUCUGAAAAUAGGGGCUGAAGGGGGGGAUGGCGGUCUGGAUCCAGGCCCAGCAGCUGCAGGGGGAUGCACUGCACCAGAUGCAGUCUCUCUACGGACAGCACUUCCCCAUUGAGGUGCGCCACUACCUGGCCCAGUGGAUCGAGGGGCAGCUCUGGGACUCUGUGGAACUGGAGAACCCCCAGGAAGAGCUGAAGGCCAAGCGUCUCCUGGACAGCCUAGUCCAGGAGCUCCAGAAGAAGGCAGAGCACCAGGUGGGGGAGGAUGGCUUCCUGCUGAAGAUCAAAUUGGGACACUACGCCAGUCAGCUCAAGAGUACAUAUGACCGCUGCCCUUUGGAGCUGGUGCGCUGCAUUAAACACAUCCUUCAUACAGAGAAGAGGCUGGUACAGGAAGCCACCAAUGUCAGCAGUGGUGGGGGCGGGACCCUGGACAGCCUGUCCCAGAGGCACCAGCAGAUCAACCAGGCGUUUGAGGAGCUACGUGUGGCCAUGCAGGAGACGGAGAACGAGCUGCGCAAGCUGCAGCACAACCAGGAGUACUUCAUCAUCCAGUACCAGGAGAACCUCCACAUCCAGGCCCAGCUGAACAAUCUGUCGGCUGUGCCGGCGGAGGAGAGAGCCCAGAGAGAGACCAGCCUGCAAGCCAAGAGGGCCACCUUGGAGACCUGGCUUACCAGAGAGGCCAACACAAUGCAGAAAUACAGACUGGACCUAGCAGAGAAGCACCAGCAGAGCCUGGUUCAGCUGAGGAAACAGCAGACUCUGAUCUUGGACGAGGAGCUGAUCCAGUGGAAGAGACGCCAGCAGCUUGCCGGCAACGGGGGGCCUUCGGAAGGGGGACUGGACGUCCUGCAGUCCUGGUGUGAAAAGCUGGCGGACCUGAUCUGGCAAAACCGGCAGCAGAUCCAACGGGCCAAACACCUGACCCAGCAGCUGCCCCUGCCGGGCCCCAUAGAGGAGCUGCUCACCAAGCUAAAUGCUGACAUCACCGACAUCAUCUCUGCGCUAGUUACUAGUACAUUUAUCAUAGAGAAGCAGCCCCCCCAGGUGCUGAAGACCCAGACCAAGUUUGCGGCCACAGUGCGCCUCCUGGUGGGCGGGAAGCUCAACGUGCACAUGAACCCUCCGCAGGUCAAGGCCGUCAUCGUCAGCGAGCAGCAGGCCAAGGCCCUGCUCAAGAAUGAGAGCACCCGCAAUGACAGCAGUGGAGAAAUCCUUAACAACAACUGUGUAAUGGAAUACCAUCGGACCACAGGAACCCUGAGUGCUCACUUUAGGAACAUGUCUUUAAAGCGCAUCAAGCGGUCAGACCGCCGUGGGGCCGAGUCGGUCACGGAGGAGAAGUUUACCGUCCUGUUCGAGUCCCAGUUCAGUGUGGGAGGCAACGAGCUCGUGUUCCACGUUAAGACAUUAUCUCUCCCUGUGGUGGUGAUUGUUCAUGGAAGUCAAGAUAACAACGCCACAGCAACAGUCCUGUGGGAUAACGCUUUUGCAGAGCCGGGCAGGGUGCCGUUCAUAGUGCCUGACAAAGUGCUGUGGCCCCAGCUGUGCGAGGCCCUGGACAUGAAGUACAAGGCGGAGAUGCACAGCGCCCGGGGUCUCUCCGAUGAUAACCUGGUCUUCCUGGCCCAGAAGGCUUUCAGCAGUGCCAGUGUAAAUCCGGAUGACUACCGGAACAUGACCAUGUCCUGGUCCCAGUUCAACCGGGAAAGCUUACCUGGUAGGAACUUCACCUUCUGGCAGUGGUUUGAUGGAGUCAUGGAGCUCAUGAAGAAGCACCUCAAACCACACUGGAAUGAUGGGGCCAUUAUGGGCUUUCUGAACAAGCAGCAAGCCCAGGACAUGCUGAUGUCCAAGCCAAACGGGACCUUCCUGCUUCGCUUCAGUGACUCUGAAAUUGGGGGCAUCACCAUUGCCUGGGUGGCAGAGAACCCCAAUAAAGCAGGGGAGAGGUUGGUGUGGAACCUGAUGCCGUACACCACCAAAGACUUCACCAUUCGCUCGCUAGCAGACCGCAUUAGUGACCUCAAUCACCUCCUGUACCUCUACCCUGACCGGCCCAAGGAUGAAGUCUUCUCCAAGUAUUACACCCCUCCUCUCUCUAAAGCUGUGGGUGGCUACGUCAAACCGCAGAUCAAGCAGGUGGUGCCGGAAUUCACUACUCCCAACUCUGAGACAUCUACGGUGAACCCCACUUACAUGGACCAGUCCCCCUCCCCGUCAGUGGCCCACCCCAACAACUUUGGUAUCUUCCCUCAAAUAAAUGACCCCAUGAUGGACGCAGAUGGCGAGUUUGACCUGGAGGACACCAUGGACGUAGCCCGACACGUUGAGGAGCUCCUGCGACGGCCUAUGGCUAACCAGUGGGACAGCCAACCAUCGUGACCUUUCACCUUGAACCCCCUCUGACCCUCCACCCCAAUGAUGACAUGCACCCAGAAAACGCCCAAUGGUUUUGAAACCAUUGGUUCAUUUUGUUGAUUUUUGUCAAUUCUCAAAUGUGAAACGCAAGUUAUGGUUGACAGUUAUUGGGAUUCUUCUCUAAUCUUCUUGAUGUGGCAAUUAUGUGACAGUUUUCUUUUCUCUGUAGCCAACGAACAAUUGCAGUACAAUGGAACCACUGAGAAAGUAAUGCAGAAAGGUGUACGAUGUACAGCAACCUCUUUACAAACAUUUUAAGCUUUAUUGUCAUGCUAUUUGUAGGAAUGCUUUGGGAAAGUACCUUAUUGUUGUCUUUCAAACCAGAGUCCAUUUGUCUUUACUCCUCAGGUUGAUAUUUUGACAUUGUCAAAGAGAAGGGUUCUGUAUAGACAUUCCUUCAAAUACUCAGUGCUGCAUUUGAUACAAAAGGUUUGAAAUGUAACAAUUCUGUGAUUUAAAUUUUCUACCUGCAGCGUGAAGUUUGUAAUCCAUUUCAUCUGAAUGGAAACCGCAAAUGAAAAUGUUCAUGUCAAUUCCACCACUCAGUAUUUGAAAUAGGAUAGUACAAUAUUUUGACCAUGGAGCCCUUUUUUCAAAUGGGGCCCUGGGUUUGAAACACCAUGUGCUAUUCAACCUCGCAUAUAGUAUCUACUGCCUUAAUAAAAAAUCCCUUUACCUCUUCUUCAUAGAACAAAAUAGUUUCAGUUGCAGUAUAUUUUACAGUUUAUUUUUGUAUAUAUCAUAAAUCAACUAUAAUAAUAAGUAAUCAGAAGCAAAUACUAAAUAUUGAAUGCCUUAUACAUUUAUAUUAUAAACCCAGCAAAUAACAAUGACCAGCACACUUUUUGCUUGAUUAAUUCAGGAUAAUUAGUUUUGUAUUUUUUGUUUGUUUGUUUGUUUAGGAAUUAAAGGAAUUUGCCUGGAUUUUGCUUUGCUGCUAAUUAGUGUUAAUCCUGUUACCCGUUCACUGAGAUGAUCCAUUUUAUUUUUAUUUUUUUUACUGUGUACAGUAAACAAUCAUGUUCUAUGUUACCUAUAAUUUGUAGGUAUGCACCUCUGUUACUGACACUUAGCCUCUAAUCAGUAAUUUCAUCAAGCACCACAUGCAGCUACUGUUUUAUUUAUUUGCCUACUCAGAAGCACUUGCAUAGUAUUGCAGCUUCUGUCAUUCUCUUUUCGUGCCUUAAGACACCCUCCAGGAUUGUCGGCUGGCAACACCAAUGUACAGGAUUGUGUAAAAACAAAUGUUUCCAUUGCAAAACACUGCUUAAAAGGAAGCAAACAUGACUAAACGGGUAGGAGCUACUUGAAUAUGUCCAAUAGAAAUUAGUUUAAAUUCACAACGGAAUCCUCUGAAUGGACUACAGAUCACAUCCAAGACAAUAGAUUGUAUAACCACAUCCCUUUACUAUGCUCCCAAGAUAGAUGGCAAUUAGAAAAGGUUGUGUAGAACACCAACGACUCUGACAAGUUAGAAUAAGUUGUUACCUUCAUUCUAUUGUUGGACUGUCUGUCAGCAACGUUACACGUUCACCUGAGGAGAAAAAAGUGUCACGCUGAAAAUAAAUUGAAACAUCCAACCUUCAAGUACAUCUAUUGAGAGAGAACAUGUCGUCAAAUAAUUAUUUCUAACAAAACCAUGUGUGCCAGGAUUAUUGGCACCCCUGCAUUCAAUACUUUGUACAAUCUCCCUUUGCCAAUAAAACAACACUGAGUGUAACAUCUAAUAAGGUUGGAGAAUAUAGAGCAAGGAAUCUGAGACCAUUCCUCUUUACAGAAUCGCUUCAGAUCAUCCAGGAUCCUUGGUCCUCUUAUGCACUCUCCUCUACAGCUCAGCCCACAGGUUUCCAUUGGGGUUUAGGUCUGGGGACUGAGAUGGCUAUGGCAGAAGCUUGAUUUUGUUUUCCAUGAACCAUUUUUGUGUUGAUUUGGAUGUAUGUUUAGGAUCAUUGUCCUGCUGCAAGAUCCAGUGAUGACCCAGGUUUAGUUUUCUGGCAGAAACAACCAGAUUCAGAUUAAUGUCCUGGUAUUCCAUGGAGUUCUUGGUGCCAUGUACCCCUAACAAGGUUCCCAAGGCCUUUGGAGCAAAAAACAACCCUACGACAUCACAGAAUCUCCACCAUACUUAACAGUGGGGAUCAGGUUCUUUUCGGUGUAGUCUGUUUAUGCCCAAACCCACAUUGAGUGUUUGUUGCCAAAAAGAUACAUUUUUGUUUUAUUUGACCAUAGCGCUUGGUUCCAGUCAAAGUUCCAGUAGCAUUUAGCACACUCCUGGCGCUGACAUUUGUGGUGUAAUGACAGGAACUGCUUUUUUCUAAACUUGGGUCCUUUUCCAGGAAAGUUGGUAACAGUUCCAGUUGCUUUGAACUUGUUUUGUAUGCCCAUAUCUACCAUAAUGGUAGAUAUGGGCAUUUUCAGAUGAGUAGCUAUUUAUUUAUAGCCAUUCUCUCACUUAUGACGCACUUAUGACUUUUCUCUCUUAUCUUUUCAAUGUUGAUGUAUGAAUAAGGGAAUAUGGCCUCUGUCACCUCAUAUUUAUACCCCAGUGAAACAGGAAGUCACGGAUUACUGCUUGAUAGUUCCUCAACACUCUGAUCAACUUAAUCAAAUGGAAAAAAUGCUUCAGUUACAUUUUGUUCAUAAAGGUUUCUAGGGGUGCCAAUAAUCACGGCACAUGUGGUUUUGUUAGAAAUAAUUAUUUCUAGAUUUUUUUCAUUCCUCAGAAAAAAUUUACUUCAAUUAAAGGUUGGAUGUUUCUAAUUUGUUUUCAGUGUGACAUUAAGCUGAUUCACCAAAAAGUGAAUACACUUUUUUUUUUUUUUUAACUCAUCUAGGGGUGCGAAUAAUUGUGGAGGGCACUGUAGGCUUGGUUAACCCCAUAUCACCCUCUGCCGAUAACAAUUCGCUAGUGUGGCUAGUCUCAGGAAAACAAUACAGUUUCACCCCAAUCAUAGUAAAGCAAACUACACAUUCGGGAGAAUAGGAAUAGCGCCUGCCUAUGUAGAUUUACUGCUUUAGUGUAAAAUGUGCUAUUGUACCACCAUACUGCUAUUUUACUAACAAUAUGUCACAUGCAAUGUGUAUAUGAGCAAGAAAGGAAAGAUAGGAAUGUUGACUAACAAAUUUAAACUGGUCAGAGUGGAUAAUUAUUUUUAUUUUUAUUUUGUUUACUAUUUGUUGUUACUAGGCUUAACUCAGAUAUCUCAGUAUUGUUGUUCUUGUUUAAGUCAAGAGGUUUUUCUGGCAUAGUACUACUCAAGUUGACAGUUUAUUUGUAUCACCGCUACUUCUGAACUGCUCUCUAUUCUCAAGUGUGUUUCAGUCUUGGAAUAUUGGGGUUGUGUUACACAAAGCAGAACCAAAAAGUCUGUAAAUGCAACAGUUAAAUUAUAACUAUCUGAUUAAGGUAAAAUUCACUUUGGGUUUGUUUGAAUUAUGACCAGUUUACCAUAGCUACUAUAAAAUGAAUAUAGCUCUUUGUGCAUCUAGGGAUGAUUCUAGCCUGGUUCGGGAGCAAUAUUGCUUGAUGACUCAAACUGAAAUUUUUCACUGCAGUAUUGUUCGCUACAAAUGUCAGUCUUAAGACUCAUUCCAUUGUAGUUCUAUAAGUAAUGUGAAAAUUUGGCAUGUUGUUACAAGAUGUCGGAAGGUACUCAGAAGUUGUGGCAGAAAUGAAUGGUGUUUGGUGUAGCAUUACAUUUGACCAGAGCAAGGAAAUUGAGAGCCUGUACUAAUAAGACCUUUCAAUGCAGAAACAUUGCUUUUAAUUCCAAGACUAUGCAUAACAUGACUUGGUCCAUUGGCCCAUAUAUCCAGUUGCAUGGGGGGGGGGGGCAGAUAAAUGUCAGAACCUUAUUUUGAAUACUCAAUAAACAAGUUAUUAGCUAGAGAACAUUUAGUUGACCAAUAUUGAUCCUGCUUUGUGAAAUAAAUUAACCGUUUAACUGUC